AUGGCUGAAAACAUUGCGUUCAGUGACUGGUCGGAAAAGCUUGACACUGCUGGAACUAAUCAUUGGCUUCCUGCGUAUGGGCUCCAGCAACCGCCAGUGGCGGUGGUUGGCAAUAGCCACCAACAAAACGAUCCCACAUUCGAUUCUAGCCCUCAUGACACUGACUAUUUCGACGACAACAAUGAAGACGAUCUUUGCGAUAACGGUGACGAAGAUAACUGGUCAUCGUUCAACCAAAGCAGUUAUGGUGGAAACAUUGUAAGCAGCACAUCUUAUAUUUUUCUUGAAACAAUUCUUGAAGAAACUUCUGAUGAUUUGCGGACGGAUUCGGAAAGAAGUAGUGAAGAAGAUUUUAUUAAGGAAGAAAACUGGUCUGUGAUAAACCGUGGUGAUCCGUUUAACUUGUUCAACUCAAGCAACAAUAACAAACAGACGACCAUCAGAAUGUAUGACAAUAACGAUCCUGGCGUGCACGAUGACGACGACCACGACACGGUAUUGUUCUACAGGGACAACCUACAGGAUCACCAUUUGUGGACAACUGGUGCCGGCGGGGGACCGCUGACCAACGGUUACGGGGGUGGUAGCCUGUUGCAGUUCGAGAGCUUGGAAAAACAAUGCGAACAAACCGUGUUCCGGACAACAGCCACCGCGACGCCGUUCAUGACCAACAGCGCAGAGUCUCUGAACGCCGGCCAACGUCCGGCGGGCUUGCCACGCCGGAACAACUGGAAACAACCCGCGACGGAUGACGACUGCGGCACCACCAUGGACGACGAUGAAGCCGUGUUGUGCAGCACGCCGUUCUCGAGUUACGCGGGUGACGGGUCCAGCGUCAAGUCACUCAGCAAGAGCAUGGAGAGCGUGCACUCGACGGUGAGCCGGAAACGAUCCAACAACAACUGCAUAGACGGCGUGAACGACGUGUCACAGAGUCUGGAUGAGUUGCGUCUGUGCGGUAGAGUCGACGGGCAACACGACUCGGCGGCGGCGGCGUCCGUUGGGGCGACAUGCGCUGUGGCGCAACCGGCCACCGGUAUGUACAAAACGGUCGACUGUCUCAUCGACCCGGCGUAUUGCGAAAAAAUGGACGACGACGACGAAGACGAAACGGACAGCAAGAAAACUGAAGACGUUAUACAGGGGGUAGGAUGUAAGCAGCAACAGCAGCAACGAUCGUCCGAGAACCUGAGCGAAGAUAGUGGUUUCGGGGAUCAGGUGCCCCGUGGUCCUGCCACACAACAAACGUACAAACCCAUCGCCGAGGACGAGAACUAUUUUGAGAUGUCGACGAAGAGCAUCGCGACGAUCGCCGCCGCCGCCGCCGUCGUUUCUGCCACGGCCGCGCAGUGCUCUAUCACCGCCAAAGGGAAGGGGACGGACGACGGCGACGACGACUACGACGACGACGAGAUGAAAUCUAAAUUUAGCGCAGCCUGGCACAGCUAUCCCGAUCUGGGCGAACGGCCGUCAGUGACCGCGGAAUCUCCUACGACCGACGACGACAACCGCCGGCAUCACCACCUCCACCAUCAUCACCACCGCGACGGUACCGCGAUGGCGUCCCGUUUGCCAAUGUCAAGCACGCCCAACCUGUGUGCCGACGGUUUGCUGGCGCACGCCGAGGGUGACUAUUUGCGCUCCAAAAAGCUGCUAGAUUCCACUGUAUCGUUGGACAGAUCGCACUCGCUGAAGCGCAUACACUACGAGAGUGAGUCUGCUCUGAGUGCGGCCUCUUCGCGUGGUAGCAAUCUACUGAUAACCACCAGUUUCGUGAACCUGGCCACCGCGCCGACGCCCAACAAGGGCGUGCACUUUUGUCCGGUCGUGUCCGAAGUGAACUGGCGUGAGAGCUUCAGCAGCAGCAGCAGCUGCACUGACGUCGGUGGCGGCGAAGACGACAACGGGUCGGAUGAACCCCCGGAAACGGAAGACGACGAAGACUAUGACCGGAUUAGUGACGAGGCCGACGAAAACAUUGACACUAUGGUAAUGAAACUGUUGACCGGUUUGCCAUCGGAAACCAGGCGUCCGAGUGUGGCGGAAAAACAACAGCUGCGCGAACGGCUGGACUUCAUCACGGGCGGCUCCCCACCAAUGUCGCAUAGGAUAGUUGCCGCGCCCACUAAAAAUAACACCGCGGCCACCGGUUCCAACAGUCACAGUCGCAGUGUUCAACCGCGACCGAUCGAAGUCGAUGCGCCCGCGGUGGUCGCCAUGUCAGCUAAACCGAAAACGAUCGGCGACAAGCUCGGUGGAUUUUUCCAGCGGUUCUCGUUGCGCAGACUUAGCGGCCGGCGAAACAAGGACAAGAAGAAACAAAAAGUGGAAGAAUGCAACGCAGCGGUGACGGCACAGCCGAGUAAUAAUAAUUGUAGGCCCGACACACCACCACCCCCGCCACCCGUCUCGGGACGACCGUCUACUGCCGCCGCCGUAUCCGAUAGGGGUAAAAAACCGCCGUUACCCCCGCAACCCCCGUCAGCAGAUGGGUACACAACGCGCCGGCGCCUCAUGUACGAUGAAAAUCGCGGUAGCCGACUGCCGCCACCGCCGGCACUACCGACGGCCGGCAGUCGCGCGUCUCUGCAAUCGCGGUCGCCCGCCGCCGCCGUUGCCAUGUCCCGUCCGGAUCACCGGGCCGGUCUGCUCGAGACCGACUUGGACUCGAACGUGACCAGGACAUCUUCGUCAUCGCUCAUGAUGGGCGGCGGUGGUUGCAGCCCCAACAAAAAGGCUCGUAGUCUGCUCGACCUGGGUGCUUCGUCGGCAAAAUUGUCUCUGGCCCCCAACGACUCGAACAGAUCGUCCGCCGACGGGUCUCCAUCAAACGCAACCGAUUACAGGGCUAAGUCUAUGGAAUUUUUAUUGGACAAGGAAAAUCAAGCUGCUGUUCAGGUAAACAAUUUACUAUAG